AUGACUUCGCGGACGACAUCACCGCCGGGCCUCGGUGCGCCCAUCCACAUGUCGCCAAGUUUUCCCAUCACCGCCAACGAUGGCGGCAACAGCUUCUGGCGUCGGCCACACGGUGACGUCCCUUCCGGCACGGCAUCGUCCGGUAGUCUAGACAGCCCGUACUCAUAUGCGGACCGCGGGACAAGCCGAUCCAUCUUCCCUGCGCGUGCAUCCGACGUCGAACCGCCGCAUGCGUUGAAGGUGUAUGAGCAAGGCACCCUGAAUUCAUCGUACAUCCCAGCAGCAGCAGCAGCAGCAGGGUCGACGUCGUCGUCCUACCCGGGCCAAUACCGGAACCCGUACGCGCCGUAUGAUCAUCAGUCGACGAGCAAAGGCGGCUUCACCUGGCAGCAGCAUCAGCAGCAGCGCACAUCCACACCAUACCCGUCGCUGCAGGGUCCGCCGUCAUUGCUUCGGACCCCGCUGGCGACGCCUACAGAACCGCAGCCGCAUCAGUAUGUCGGGUACUCGCAGGCGGCCCCGUCGCAAGCACAUUCGGCGUACCGGUUCCCGCAGGAGUUUGCAUCCCAGCCGCCGCCGCCGCAGCAGCAGCAAACAGCCUAUAUGCAGCAACCAGCGACGGUGAUGGCCAAGCACACGCAGCAGUUCUAUGGCAGGUCGGCGCCGUCGGCGGAAUGGCAGGGUCCGGCGGAUCCAGACCUGGCGUUCCGUGCUUCGCGGCGAGACUCCGCGGGGUACAUCCAUUCGCAGGAUGGACGAUCGCCGGUGAAAGGUGGCGGUGCGGCGGCCAAGUCGAUGCCGAGGGGCAAGGAGAAGGAUAGUCGUCGGUUCGUGUGCAAUGUGGAUAAUUGUAACAAGACUUUCAAUACUUCAGGUCAUCUAGCCCGGCACAUCAAAACCCACAGCGGCGAGAAGCCCUUCAGCUGCCCCAUCGGCGACUGCAUGUCCCGGUUCUCCCGCCACGACAACAUGCUGCAACACUAUCGCGCACACACCCGCAAACUGCGUCUCGCAGCAGAAACAAUCGACGGCGCCAACGGCCAGCGCGGACUCGCCAGCCCGGAACUGACACCCUCGUCGGCGGGCGAACACAACGGCGCGCCUUCCAAACGCUCGUCAACAUCAGAUGGCGUUCCGAACGCCAACGCCAACUCGGGAGCAGCGAUGCCCGCCCUGGUCACCCCCGCGAGCUCCACAGACAGCGUCAACACCGACCCCGCGGCGUCGUCAUUUAUACCCCCAACAGGCUACGCCUCCGCGUCCAACGCGCUGACCAACGCAGUCUCGGCCCUCGUGAACACCAGCAACCCGCCCCGUGCCGCCGGCAUGCCGCGCCGCAUGUCGACGCCCGUGCUCAUGUCCUACGGCAAUUACGCGGAUGAGUAUGCGCGGCAGACGGGUGGCGGGUGGAUGAACAAUGCGCCUGCGGCUUCUGCGGCUGCUUAUGCGAGUGAUCCCCGGACGGCGCAGACGGAGAUGCGCAACCCGGGUGGUGCUGUGUACUGGGGCGGGGCGGUGUAUCGCGGCGACGGCGGGCCAUUCCCAGGUCAGGAACCGACCGGGCGACGAGGGGCAGAGCCAAGCCGCGGCCGCUCCAUGUCCUUCUCCACCGUCUCCGCCAACGUCCUCCAACCCAACCGCGAGCAGACCGUAGCCGCCGACGGCCAGGAGAUGUGGGCGUACCCCAUGAACGUCGGGACAACAGGCUCAACCUCCCGAAUCGUCCCUCAAUCAACCGACACCUGGCCAAACACCGCCACUCCGAUGCAAUCCGACCCCCACAACCCCGCUCAUUUCGCCCCACCCUACGAAUACCGCACCUACCGCGGCGACCCGGCCCCCGACCCCGCCGCAAUGGACGCGCUUGCCCGCCGCCGCGCUUCCAUCCACGUUAUGGGAACACAGCCGGCGGCGGCGUCGCCUGUAUACCCGAUGCGGUCGCCGAUGGCUGGGAAUAGCACGCCGGGGGUGGUGGGUGAGCGAGCGGUGGCGCCGACGUUGACGGCGGGGUUUUCGGCGUACUCCAUCGGAGGCGAGGCGAGGGGGGUCGAGGAAGGGCAGUUCCGUUAG